AUGUGGCGAAAUGUGGUUCUUCGCUCGGACUCAAGAACACUAUCCGAGAAACGCUUGAUUUCAUCUUGUAUUCGUAUUCCUCCAGAUCCUGUCAUCGACUGUGUCAGUUGGGAGCAGGCAUGGGAAUUGUUGAAGAAGAUGGCAUGUAAUCCGGAAUGUCUCGACAAUAUUGUCAACUCUCUUUCCAAAUUUGCAACUCAAAUGGAGAACACACCAAGCAGUGUCGAUCGCGAUCAAUUCGACGCUCAUAUGGGAGGGCUGCUGCACAAAAUGAUUCAUACUGCCAUCGAGGAGUACGAAUCGUCGACACCAACUUAUAAAAAGCAGAAGAAACUUCAUCUCACCUGGUUGCUUAGUCAAAUUGCCACGUUUUGUUUCACAUUUCUUCAGAAAGGGACAAGCCGCCAAUUUUCUGCACUUAACACUUUGAAUAAGAUCAUUGAUGCUGGUUUGGUACAUGAUUUGUUUGCUUUCAACGAUGUCAUAUUUCAUUCGUCAAGGAUUUUGAAUAGAUCUCAUGCUUUUGAUUCUGAUGAACCCCCAACACCAUCUGGCGAAUCGUUCAACUCCAACGCAGACCAAAACUCAACUGUCGAUCACGUUUUCAUUUAUGGAGCCAACUAUAAGUACUACUUCCAAUUCUCCAGUUUACUCCACCUAAUAAUUAUUUCCAGAGACCAAUCUUUUCUUCCAUCGCCAACAGUUGCACCCACUCGCCAUAAGUCGGAUUUAAUGAAUGCUUUCAGUGACAUGGAUCCUGGCCAUGUUAUUGCCGCUCUGCACAACGCAUUAACAAUGCAACAACGAGAUGGCUCUAACCCCGUUUGCAGUCCUGCGCACCGAUGGAGGCAAUGUUGUGCACAUUGUACACAGAUUCUAGUCGCCAGAUUGUUGCUCUUCUUGACACAUGCUAAAAAAUUCCGGAAUCGACUAUCCGAGUAUCAUCAACUCCAAAGCUUUAUAUCCCUCCUGGAAACAACUUUAGAACCUCAACUACUAUGCAUUCUUCUGCAAGUUAAGCUCCACAACAUGCUUCUACCAGGCGAUGCUUUUUACUAUACCAACCAUAGUACAAAGUACGGAACCUUUGUCAAAUAUCAUGCGGCGCGAGUUCUGGUCUACGUCGGCAUUGGAGAUCAAGUUAAUAGUCGAGUCAACCUGUUUAAUCUAAUGACAUCCGAGCCGUCUCUAAAAAGUGGAAGCCAACAGAACGAGGACGACUACAUUUGCGAGACAUGUACCACGCCGCGUAGCCGGAGUACAUUUUCCAGAUCAGCUGUUUCCGUGGAAGGGGUAUUAUUGAAAGUGUUGGCUGAAGUGGCUGAACUCGUAAGACAGAGCCAACAUCUAUCUGCGAGUGAGCCAAUAACAGAAGAAUCACCAAGUGCGGGAUCUCCACCGGCAGUUCUUCCCAACCAAUCUGAACAGAAAAAUAUCAUUGAGAAAAACACAGAGAAGUUGACACAAUUGGGCUGCCAAAUUCUGAUAUCCCUGGAACAAUUGGAAGCACAUCUUUGUAAACUUGGCUUGGUUCUUGACUCGGUCCUUCUUCUCCGUCUCCUCCUUCACAAACUAUCCUGGGAUCUUGGUCUUGUUACCAAAAAACGGCCAGUAGCAGCGACUACUGUAGUAGAUCAUGUAUGCAAACCAAUCAACGAUCCGAGAGCUCACUCGAGUUGUAGUCUGGGAAACAAUAGAAAUUUCGGUAAAGAUAAAUGUUUUGAUAGGCGAGAGGAUAGUAAACGGGACAAAAAUUAUCUGCGCGUCGAUCAAGGAUCUCGAGCAUCGAAGAGAGUUCAUAUAAGACGGUCCAGCUCAGUUGAGAUUAUUCGGCCUAAACGGUUGAGUUCUGGUGCAAAGGAUAUCAAGAAUCGAGAGAGAAGGAAAAGACUAGGAACAGAUACAAGUAGCGGGUCGAAUCGUUCGAAAAAGACCAAUUCCUCUUCGUCAUCCGUUCAGAAGCAUCUGCCCAAAUACAUUCAAUCCCUUUUUCGGAGUCGUAUGGGGACAGAUCCGUGCAAGAGGACAUCGAGAAGUGAAUCCACCUUACCGCACAGAGAUUCCAAUGAGAGCAAUACAAGUGGCUCGGAUGCAGUGCUGGAAUUCACCAGAAAACUCCAGAACUAUCCAUUGACAAGAAGAGAGGCUCAACGGUUAACCUACAGAAGCAAUGGACAGCAAGAUUCCAAUGAUUCGAAAAUUGGACCAAGAACAAUGGGAUAUGUGUAUUUGCCGGAGCUGGAAAUUCAGGGAAUCUCCUGGACCAUUGACUGGAAACUCGUUAGAAGAAGGAACAACAAUGUUGUUGGACACACGACGUCCAUCAAGUCCGAAGCGAUUCCUGGACUGCCUUUGAUCGAAAUUCGCCGUCCAUCUGCACUAUCUCAAUUUGAAUUCGGCUACUUUGUCAACUCGCCCGAAUUGUCGGGCAGUGAAGUGUCCGAUUGCGCUCCUCUUCUUCUCAGCGGUCAGAUAGGUGGCAGCCGGAAAAGUUCUGAUGAAACCUCUCUUGGUGGAUGGUCGAGUCGUGCUUCCUCCGUCAUGAGUCAACGUUCAUCUCGAUCCAGUGUCGGCCUUCGACUUUCUACAUUCUCUGGAGGAACCAGCAUCGCUUCUGACAAUUCUGGACCAUUCCUCUUCAGCUUUGUGUUGAGAAAACGAGCAUCAACCAUUGGAACACGUAUUCCGAUUCCCCGAAGAGCCCUAUCAAGAUCUUCCGGUGAUAGUUUGAGAGUUCCUGAUAGAGAGAGCCCUCUUCAUCUGGCAAGUAUGACAGAAAUGAAUCCAGAUUUUCAAUGUGUCAGACAGCUGAUUCUCAACUUGCUCAAUGUGUACAACAAGAGAAAUAAAAAUGUCGUGUCCUCCAUGAACGAGUGCACUGAUGUCCUUCGCGCAAUCCUAAACUCUCCUCAACAUCCGACUGUCAAAAACUGGUGCGCUGAAAUUAUCCACGUCGUCAAUACUCAUGUAGAAGAAGAAGAGCCAACACGAGCAGAGAAUAAUGAGCAAAUUAAUGACGAGUAUUUGGAGAUUCUUUUUGAGAGACAACCACGCGCUUCAUAUGUUUUCAUUUCUUUGUUUCUUUUCUUUUUUUGGUUUUAUGAUUCAUAUAUUUUUUCAACCGUUGUCUUCUUUUUACUGUUCUUUUUACUGAUUUCUUUUCCUACUUCUUCCAUUUCUGCUUCCACCGCUCCCCGAACCCAAAUGAAUCGAAAAUCAAAGGUUCGAAUUUCAAAUCGUGGAAUCUCCGAGCUAGUCCGUAGAGCCACUAUCGGCGCCCUAUUCCCAAAUGGUCCGGUUCCAAGACGAACAAUGCACGAUUUGCCGUCGAUUCGGGAGUUGAUGGAUGAAAGUGAUAUUUUUGAGACGGAGACAGAGACUGAGAACGAGUCAGAUUCCGAAAUUGUCCUCCCAACUGUCAAAGUUACCGUCCCUACCGAUGGAACUGUCCGGAAUUUGGAGGAAUUUAUUUCCAACUACGAUGAACAUUCAUCCGACCGAAUGGCACCUACGAAGGACCUUCGAGCUCCCCGCCGUUCCCUCCACAUUGGUGCAUUAAUCCCAGACCCCAAACAACUAACCGCCAAACUCAAACGCUCCAAAUCUCUUCCCAAAAUUCAAAACAUGGAUCAAAUCAAAGCGGCAAUACGACGAAAAAGCUCUCUACGAAAGUGGUUUGCUACUCGGACGGUUGCCGGGCGACGGAAUAGCAACAACACGAACAACUACGAAUGUAAACGAACCUCAAUUACUCACGAAGACUUUCUGGCACAAAUGCGCAAUGUUACUCGGAAUACGCUGAAACACCUUUUGUUCCCCGACAAGAAAAGUGAGAUUCGUAUUGUGAGAAUGACCAAUGAGAAGUUUCAUGAUGUCGAUGAGUUGGCAAAACAGAUUCAUGCAUUGUCAAUUGUUUCAGGAGUUCAAGACAUCAAGAAAUAA